AAAGCCAACAGUGUCUUGAUGGGAAAGGAGAGGCAUGGGAAAGGCUGGAGUAUCUUAAGCCUGCUCAGUGGAUGGGGGUUGUGGGGGAGAGGUAGCUUGGAGACAGGCCUCCCUGUGGAGUUCAGAGCUGAGCUGCUGUCCAAAUCACUGGUCCCUGGAAUCUACAAAACAGAACCGAGAACUGCAGAGGUGCAUCCAGAGGAGCCGCACUCCAAAAGGACAACUUUCAGAGGCCAUGCGGCAAGCCCUGCUGUUGCUAGUGGUGGUGCUGCGCCCCAGCUGGGCAGACCCUCCGCAGGAGAGGGUCCCGCUCUUCCGGGUCACUCGGCAGGGCCCCUGGGAGAGCAGUGGCAGCAACGCCACCGACUCGCCCUGCGAGGGUCUGCCCGCCGCUGAGGCGACGACCUUGAGCCUGGCGAACCGCAGCCUGGAGCGCCUGCCCGGUUGCCUACCGCGCACACUGCGCAGGCUCGACGCCAGCCACAACCUGCUGCGCGCGCUGAGUGCGUCGGAGCUCGGCCACCUGGAGCAGCUGCAGGUGCUGGCCCUCCGCCACAACCGCAUCGCCGCGCUGCGCUGGGGCCCGGGCGGGCCGGCGGGGCUGCGCACCCUGGACCUCAGCUGCAACCAGUUGGCAGCCCUUCCGCGGUGCGCCGGCCCCGCGCUGAGCAGCCUCCGCGCCCUGGCGCUCGCCGGGAACCCGCUGCAGGCGCUGCAGCCCCGGACCUUCGCCUGCUUCCCUGCGCUGCAGCUCCUCAACCUCUCCUUCACCGCGCUGGGUCGCGGCCCCCAGGGGGGCAUCGCCGAGGCGGCGUUCGCUGGAGAGGACGGCGCGCCCCUGGCCACGCUCGAGGUCCUGGAUCUCAGCGGCACGUUCCUCGAACGGGUUGAGUCAGGGUGGCUCAGAGACCUGCCAAAGCUCACAUCCCUCCACCUGAGGAAGAUGCCUCGGCUGACGACCCUGGAGGGGGACAUUUUCAAGGCGACCCCCAACCUGCAGCAGCUGGACUGUCAGGACUCGCCAGCACUUGCUUCUGUCGCCACACACAUGUUUCAAGACACUCCGCACCUACAGGUCCUUCUGUUCCAGAACUGCAACUUGAGUUCCUUCCCUCCUUGGACCCUGGAUUCCUCCCAGGUCCUAACGGUCAACCUCUUUGGCAACCCCCUCACUUGCAGCUGUGACUUGUCUUGGCUUCUCAUGGAUGCGAAGAGAACUGUCCUAAGCAGGGCAGCAGACACUGUAUGCGCGCCAGCUGCGGGAUCCAGGGGCCCCUUCUCAGCCUCCCUGUCACUCUCCCAGCUGCCUGGAGUGUGCCAGUCCGACCAAAGCGCCACCCUCCGGGCUUUGCACCUACCCUGGUUUGACCCCUCCACCUACGCACCGGGUCCCACCGUCACGCCCAGUGCAGCUCCCGACACCCGACCUGCGGGAGCCCAGCAGAAUGUCUCCAAGGCCCCUACCGUCCCUGUGGGCUCCCGCGCGAUAGCUGCAUGGCCGCACAGCGAUGCGGGGGAAGGCACUGCCCCCUCCACGACCAACUCUGUAGCAGGUCACAGCAACUCCAGCGUUUUCCCCAGGGCUGCCAGUACCACCAGGACCCAGCAGCAAGGAGAACAUGCCCCCGGCCCUGUCCUUGAGCCUGACAUCUCAGCUGCCUCCACCCCACUGGCCAGCAAGCACCUAGGCCCCUUCACUACCUCGUGGAACGACAUACACUCACCUCAGCCCGGCCAGAGGACACAGGCCACCCCCCAGGUCCCCAACCCGACUCCUUCCGAGGGCGGGAUUCCAGUCUUCCUGCUGGAUGACUACAGUGAGGAGGAGGAGAAGGGGACGGAGGAGGAGGUGGGAGCGCCUUACCAGGACGUCUCCUGUGAUUACCACCCCUGCAAGCACCUACAGACGCCGUGUGCAGAGCUGCAGAGGCGCUCGCGGUGCCGGUGCCCCGGCCUCAGCGGGGAAGACACCAUCCCAGACCCGCCCAGGCUGCAGGGGGUGACAGAGACCACGGACACGUCGGCACUGGUCCACUGGUGUGCCCCCAACUCGGUGGUGCACGGGUACCAGAUCCGCUACUCUGCGGAUGGCUGGACGGGGAACCAGUCAGUGGUGGGGGUCAUUUACGCCACGGCACGGCAGCACCCUCUGUACGGGCUGUCGCCGGGCACUACCUAUCGUGUGUGCGUGCUGGCGGCCAACAGGGCCGGCCUGAGCCAGCCGCGGUCCUCCGGCUGGAGCGCGUGCACCGCCUUCACCACCAAGCCCAGCUUCGCGCUUCUGCUAGCAGGGCUGUGCGCUACCAGCGGCCUGCUGCUCGUUAGCACCCUGGUGCUGUCCGCGUGUCUCUGCAGGCGGGGCCGGACGCUCCGCCUGCAGCGCAGCGACACACACUUGCUGGCCUACAAAAACCCGGCCUUUGACUACCCGCUGGGGCUCCAGACGGUCAGUUAGGCCAGCUUCUGGGCUAACGCCUCCAAUCGAACUGGAUCUGAGCGCAGAAAAAAAGAUACAGAGUCAAAAACAACUGCAUCCGCUCCUAGGGUUUCUAAUUCCCGUGAAGCUAGAAUGCCUUGGGCACACAUGGAACUUGCCACAUUGAGUUUCUCAGUCCAAGGAACAAAUGCCCUCCCUUCCUUCUACUUCACACUCUGUUCCCAGAAACCUGAUAGUAGAUACCAGAUCACUCCCAGUGCC